AUGGUUCUACAUUUCCCUGCUCCCACAACAUUACCAGAAGAUUAUGUCUUUCAAUCUUGCAGUGAUUCAUUUUUUUCACAUCUUCCAACAAUUGUUGAAAACAACAACUGGCUUGAAUUUGCCUACCCUAUUCCCUUGACACAACAUCAAAAGCUUUACAUUCGUUCCAGCUAUAAAGUCAUUACUAAGAAUGCUUUAUCAAAGGCUAAUCCAAAUCAUCGCAAGUAUUCCAUUAUCAGUGGAACCCCUGGAAUUGGAAAAUCUAUGUUUCUCUUUUAUAUCUUUUGGCAAUUGGUGAAGGAAGGAAAGUGUGUGCUAUUUGUUACCAGAGAACCUGAUAUAUACUUUGAUGGAAAUUCAACAUUUGAAUAUCCUCAAUAUCCUUUGCCUUCAGAUCAUCAAUUCUGGACAUUUGACUUAUGGUGCCUUGUUGAUUCAAAAGAUCCAACUAACAUUCCUGGAUUUCCUGUUGAUGCCUGUUCUGUCAUUUUGUCAAUUACCCCUCUAAGUGAUUUUAUUAGUGGAUUCAGCAAGUUGGUUCCAGCUCCUCCUAUCUUUUAUAUGCCUUUAUGGACUAGGGAAGAAUUGGAAGUUGUUGCACCCCUUUACUCAAAUGUAGCUAAUAUUUGGAUGAAUCGCUUUGAACUUUUAGGUGGUGUUCCUCAUCUUGUGCUGGAACAAACUGAACAAGAUCCAACAUCAAUUCUGAUUUCAGCUUGUAAACAAUGUGAACUGGAGGACUGUAUCAAGUUGGUUUCAAUUCAUUCUAAAUCACACCCAAAACAAAGAUUAUUCAAAAACUUGUUCAUCUUAAGUCAAGUCCACCUUAUAAAGAUGCAGAGUCUUCUUGGUUCUUGUGCUGGAAAUCCUCUUGUAGCAGCCCUUUGUGGAUACAUCUUUGAACCCCAUGCCAUUGAUUUAUUGGAAUAA